AUGGCACUCGUGACCUUGUCCGGAUUUCCUUCUUCCGGAAAGACUCGACGAGCGGAACAACUCAAAGGAUACCUUGAGCAAAAAUUGCAGGAAAAUAGCGAGAAUGAGGAGACCAAAGGAUGGAGAGUAUCAGUGCUGUCAGACGAAUUAUUGAGUAUCCCGAGAAGCUCAUACGAUGAAAGCCGGCUUGAGAAACCGGCACGUUCAGCUCUCCUCUCGGCCAUCGUUCGGGAUCUUUCCAAGAACACAAUCCUAAUAGUUGAUUCGUUGAAUUACAUCAAAGGAUUUCGAUAUCAAAUGUAUUGCGCUGCACGAGAAGUUGGUGUUCGAGUUGCUACCGUGGGUCCGGCCCGUUAUCCUCUCCCCGAGCUGGUAACGAUAAUUACUUUACCGAAAGUAGGUAUUUGUGGUGCCACUCUGAAUGUGCAAGGAAUGGAACCAGAAGCGGGAAGAUCGAUAUAUGAUGCGACAUUCGAUAACCUAAUCCAACGUUACGAAGAACCAAACUCGAUGGUCCGGUGGGAUGCGCCUUUAUUCACCGUACCAUGGUCAGAUGAGACAGUUCCUGGAGAAGAUAUUUGGCGCGCAAUCACACUGGGGGACAAACGACCCGCAAACCAGGCUGUAGCUUCCAUCGCCAAGCCACCUUCCGAUGCCCUCCAAGUCCUGGACCAGACAACAGCAUCGGUCGUAGGCGCAAUCAUGUCUGCUCAAUCAACCUUGGGAGGAAGUGUCCACUACCCAACAUCACUCUCCCGAGUCGACAUGUCUCGCUUCCCGAACUUCUCGGCACAAGCGCCAGUUUGUCGCCGCUCGGAAAAAGGCAGUUACCAAGGCUUGGCGGGGAACAAGGGCGAGAUGGAUUGGGAUGCUGAGUCUGUUGCAAAGAAAUUUGUCGAGUACCUGGAAGAGAACUUGGCACCUUGA